CACAUGAGAAAUUUAACUAUUAUGUGACUUUCAUUGAUGAUCAUAGCAUAUUUACUUGGGUCUACUUUCUUCGCUCUAAAUCUAAGGUCUUUCGUACUUUCACUGAGUUUUUAGCGUAUGUUGACAAUCAAUUUUCUACUUCUAUUAAGACAUUACGCACAGAUUCCGGUGGUGAGUAUUUGUCUACUGAGUUUCAAGCAUUCUUGGCUUCUAAGGGUAUUAUUCAUCAAUGUUCAUGUCCCUCUACUCCUCAACAAAAUGGAGUUGCCGAACGCAAAAAUCGUCAUCUCCUAGAUGUGGUAUUGUGUAUACGAGACGUUCCCGUUCACAGUCUCUUUCGGUGGCUCACCCGAUAUCUGAUCCUACCACGCUCUAGAUUUAGUCAGUUGCAGCACCUCCAACACCUUUAGUACGUCGCUCUUCUCGAGUGUCUGUACCUCCGAAUAGGUAUGGAUUUCCCUCUUCCAAUUCUGGCAAUUCUAUUUCAGCCCGUACUACUGCAUUGUCCAAUUUUGAUAUUCCCACAUGCUACUCACAUGCUGCCAAGCAUGAUUGUUGGCGACAAGCUAUGCAAGAAGAAAUUGCCGCUCUAGAGGCCAAUCACACUUGGGACAUUGAACCCUGUCCUCUCACUAUUGUUCCUCUGGGUUGCAAAUGGGUUUACUCAGUCAAGGUCUGAUCUGAUGGAAGUUUGGAUCAUUACAAAGCUCGGCUUGUUGCACUUGGGAAUAAUCAGGAAUAUGGUGUCAAUUAUGAAGAGACCUUUGCUCCUGUGGCUAAAAUGACUACUGUUCGUACGAUUCUAGCUCUUGCUGCUUCCAGUGAUUGGCCACUACAUCAGAUGGAUGUAAAAAAUGCUUUUCUUCAUGGGGAUCUUAAAGAGUGUAUUUAUAUGAAGCCACCCCCGAGAUUGGUCCCCUCUCCGACUUCACAUGUGUGUAAGCUUCGUCGCUCUCUUUAUGGUGUCAAACAGGCUCCGAGGGCCUGGUUUGAUAAAUUCCGCACCACUUUAUUACAAUUUUCAUUUAGGCAGAGCAAGUAUGACACUUCCUUGUUUCUUCAGAAAUCAGACAUGGGUAUUAUUGCUCUUUUGGUUUAUGUUGAUGAUUUUGUGAUCACUGGUUCCGAUUCUGCUUUACUUGGUUAGCUCAAAACUCAUCUCUCUGAGUCCUUUCAUAUGAAAGAUCUUGGGUCUCUCAUAUAUUUUCUUGGUCUUGAGGUGCAUCAUAGUCCCUCUGGUAUUUCCCUCAAUCAACAUAAGUAUGCGAGUGACUUGGUGGCUACAGCUGGUCUACAAAGGGCUACUUCUGUUGAUACUCCCAUGGAAUUAAAUGUCAAGCUUCGCAGAGAAGAGGGCGAGUUACUUGCUAAUCCCAGUUUAUACAGGAAGUUGGUGGGUAGCCUUGUUUAUCUCACCAUUACUAGACCGGACAUUUCUUUUGCUGUACAGCAAGUCAGCCAGUUCCUUCAGACUCCUCGUCAUCUUCAUUUGGCUGUUGUCCAUAGGAUCAUACGCUAUGUUCAAGGCACUUCUACUCGUGGCUUGUUCUUCCCUGCAGGCAAUUCUACUCGCCUUAUUGCUUAUAGUGAUGCUGAUUGGGCUGGUUGUGCGGAUACUCGUCGCUCCAUCACUGGUUGGUGUGUGUUCUUAGGUGAUGCAUUGAUAUCUUGGAAAAGUAAGAAGCAAGACAGAGUCUCUAAGUCAUCUACGGAAUCUGAGCAUCGGGCGAUGUCUCUUGCUUAUUCUGAAAUCAUUUGGCUUUGAGGUUUGCUUGCGGAGUUAGAUUUUUCUGAGACCGAUCCUACACCUCCACAUGCCGAUAAUACAAGUGCUAUUCAGAUCACGGCCAAUCUUGUCUAUCAUGAGCACACAAAGCAUAUUGAAGUGGACUGUCACUCUAUCCGUGAAGCCUUUGAAGCUCGUGUUAUCACUCUUCCACAUA